CACAACUCAAGCCCAUUCACAGAGUACACACAUACAUUGCGGACUGUGCCAGCCCUCCAACACCUGCGCACAGGAAUUCUCAGACCCUCACCGCUACGCACAGCAAGGGAGCCCCUUCUCACUGAAUCUCAACUGCUGAUAUACGUAGAGGCAAAAGCCUAACUUUGAGGGGGCCUCAGUCAAUCAAUUGUCGCCAAGCGCGCCCCGUUAGCCAUGCCUCCAUUUGGGAGCACGCGGAAUCUAACUCAACAGUUUAUACGCCUUCGAAAUGAGGCCCGGAGACUCCAGCAUUCAGGAGGCCCUCCGCAGGGCGACAAGGCCACGGAGAAGCUUAUGAGUGCCGCGUUGGGAAGCUCAUCGGAUGUGGAGGCAGCAGGGGCAGCUAGCUCUUCGGUGUCGCCAGUCUGGGUGCUGCAGUCGGAGCGCAUCCGAGUAGAAAUGAACCUAGUGAAGGAGCGACUGGUGAAGCUGAAGGAGUACCACGCGAAGGCGCUGCUCGUGACCUUUGACGGGGAAAGUGAGGCGCAGGUGCAUGCAGAGGCGCUGACGCGGGAAAUCCAGCAGAGCUUUAAGCGGUUAGACGCGGCCAUUCGGGCCAUGGCGCAGAGCACGGGGCGCAACGAGGACGCGGAGGUCCGGUUGCAGGUCCAGCGGCAGCUGGCGUCGGCCCUGUUCAAGCUGUCGGUGGAGUUCCGCAAGGAGGAGACGCGCUUCCUGAACAAGGUGGAGCAGCAGAAGGGGCUGGAGGCGGGCAGCGUCAUCGGGCUUGUGGAGGCGGACGAGGGGACCAAGACUGGCGGCGAGCCUGUGGACCCGGGCUUCACGCAGGCGCAGCUGGCCAUGGUGGACAUCAGCACGGACCUGAUCACCGAGCGAGACAGCGAGAUCCGCAAGAUCGUGGAGGCUAUCGCCGAGCUGGCGCAGAUCAUGCGCGACAUGUCCACCUUGGUGCUUGAGCAGGGCACCAUGCUGGACCGCAUCGACCACAACAUCGCGCAGACGUCGGUCAAGGUGGAGGAGGGCGUGAAGCAGCUCAAAGCGGCGGAGACGACGCAGAAGCGCGGCCGCAUGUUCAUUUGCAUCAUCGCGCUCAUCGUGCUGAUUGUGCUCAUGCUCAUUAUUGUCAUCAUCCGCCACAUCUGAUGAACCGGUGCUGCUGGUGCUGGUGCUGGUGCUGGUUGCUCGAGGCGGAGGCGGUGGUGGCGCGGCGCAGCUUGUCGGCAAUCAGCGCAAUGGAGCCGGUAUGAAUGCAACGUGGGCGCUGGUGUGCGGGGCGGCAGUGCGUGGCUGUGGCAGUCAGAGGCAGCGCGUAGCGACGGACCGCCGGCGUCUGAGUAACGCUGCGCGGCGGCGGUCGGCAAGGAUGUUGGGGUGGUAGGUAAUGCAGGUGGCGCCCUGCUGGUUUGCCGUCUGCUGAUCGGGGAGCAGCCACGGCGGCAGGCCGGUCGGCUUUGGACGUGGCGUUCAUUACCAUGUAGCAGCCGCCGAAAUCGCCGCGCAAGAUGGCUCGUGCGACGCGAUGUCGUGGCGUGUAAUUUACAUUGCUUGGAGUCGGGCACUGUGGCAGCCUCGCAGUAUGUGUAUGGCCGCCAGAGUCAAGUGUCCGAUCCUUGCGUGUUACCGCACUGUAUCUGGGCAUCAGUUGUCACGCGCGUGUGUCCCUGCUUCGUUCACAACUCCACAUCCGCAUCUGCGUGCAUCGAAGAACUGGCAAUUCAUAUGACCCCAAUUGUGAAUUAAGGCCAAAGCGCAAGAGGAACGCCGUCAUUGAAGCGAACACAUCGAAGGGCCGGCAGCCGCCACGGCUACACCUGCGGCCGAGCAACUGCAGGAGCAACUGACUGGCCCGACGGACGGACGGUGCAGGAGGGUGAGAGGGCGUGCCACGAAGUGGGCGAUACAUAUCGCUCACUAU